AUUGUAUUUUAUUAAUUUUCAAUUGUCAUUUAAAUUUAAAGUUUAAAAAGUUUUAUUUUUAUUUUUUUAUUUGUUUUUUUUCAAUACAAAAAUUUAUAAAUUUAUAUUUAUAUUAUAUAUAUUAUUAUAGGAAAAAAUGUAUGCUUUUUUAUUUAAAUAUAUUAUUAUUGGUGAUACUGGUGUUGGUAAAUCAUGUUUAUUAUUACAGUUUACAGAUAAAAGAUUUCAACCAGUUCACGAUUUAACUAUAGGUGUAGAGUUUGGUGCUAGAAUGAUUACAAUUGAUAAUAAACAAAUUAAAUUACAAAUUUGGGAUACAGCUGGUCAAGAGUCAUUCAGAUCAAUUACAAGAUCAUAUUAUAGAGGUUCAGCAGGUGCAUUACUUGUUUAUGAUAUAACUAGACGUGAUACAUUUAAUCAUUUAACUUGUUGGCUAAAGGAUGCAAGAUCUUAUGCAAAUAGUAAUAUGACAAUUAUUUUAAUUGGUAAUAAAUCGGAUAUGGAAUCAAAGAGAGCAGUUUCAUAUGAAGAGGGUAAACAAUUUGCAGAAGAAAAUGGACUUAUCUUUUUGGAAACCUCAGCAAAAACAGCUUCAAAUGUCGAAGAAGCUUUUGUAAAUACUGCUGGUAAAAUUUAUGAAAAAAUUCAAAAAGGUGAUUUCGAUAUAAAUAAUGAAAGUUUUGGUAUUAAAUUAGGUGCCCCGCAAUCUAAACAAGAUGGUCAAGAUAAUAAACAAGCUGCUGGUGGAUGUUGUAAAUAAAUAUUUAAAUAAAUAAAUAAAUAGUAAUAAUAAAUACAAUUCUUAUAU